GAUGUCAGAGCAGUCGCAGGCUGCAUAGUUUAAAUGUUUAAAUAUUAAUAUUAGUGUUAAAUAUAUAACAAAUGUAUUAUUAUAAUUUUUUUUCGUUGUGAAUGUGAUAUAAGUGAGCCAGUGAAAUGAUGGACUAUUCCAUAGAUUGGGUUGUCCCUAUGUUAAGAAAACCUUUUAACACGAAGAUAUGGAAUAUUGCUAGUUCUUUUACUUUUGUUUGUGUAGGAUUAUUUAGUAAAUUAAUAUUAGAAAUUUUAAACCGGCCUACAAUUUAUAAUCAAGAUGUGAUCAAAAGAGCGUUGACCUCACGACCGAAAGGAGUGCCAUUGCUCACAGUAUCAAAUCAUCACUCGUGUUUCGACGAUCCAGGAUUAUGGGGUUCGCUAGAUAUAAAAAUUCUAGCAAGCCGCCAAUAUAUGAGAUGGUCGAUGGCUGCUCAUGACAUAUGCUUUACGAACAAAUAUCACUCACUAUUUUUCAUGCUCGGAAAAUGCGUUCCUGUGAUAAGAGGUGCAGGAGUUUAUCAGGCCGCCGUCGAUUUUUGUAUAGAAAGGCUCGGAAUGGGAGAUUGGGUACACAUAUUUCCUGAAGGCAAAGUCAAUAUGGAAAAGGAAUUUAUCAGAUUUAAAUGGGGUAUAGGUCGCCUAGUCUACGAAUCGCCCGUCCCACCCAUAAUAGUCCCAAUGUGGCACAUUGGCAUGGACAGUGUACUGCCAAACACUCCACCAUAUGUUCUCAGAUUCGGUAAACGAAUUACCAUGAACUACGGAACUCCAAUCGAUCUCAGUGACACUGUGGCCCGACUAAAGAGGCAAAAGGUCAGCGAACAAGUUGCCAGAAAAAUAUUAACAGACACCAUACAAGAAGUAAUGCUAGAACUACAAAAAGAAACAGAACGACUUCACAACUUGGGCGGUGGUAGUUCGAAACCUUGUAAUGGAUCAGAGGUUUUGCCAACAAAUGGAAAUUCAGGAGCUGUAAAAUCAUGACAAAGGAAGAACGACCGCGAAGGAUAGCCGUCGAAUCGGAAUUUGUGUUUAGUUUUUGGUUUUAAAUGCGUGAAUCUUACGGAAUGAAGUUCAUUGUUUGUGGAGUUAGGAAGUCAGUUAAAUAACGCAUUGACCUGAUGAUCAGUUGCUUCAGGAUAUGUUUUAUAUAGGUUUUUUUGUUGUUUUUUUAUUUAUAAUUAUUUUGUAAAAGUGUUUUAUGGACUGGCGACUUUAUGUUUAGAUGAAAAUUAGGCCCUUGAAAUUUAGAAGCACUGCAUUUUACGAAAAUAUGAGGGCU